AUGUCUUCCUCAUUUCGCCUUCCACACGGAUGGCACCCAACUAUAAUUAUCGCUCAGAUUAUCGCUCUUCAAUGUUUGCAUUAUCUCGUUCUUUCUCUGUUAAUACCACCUCUCCUAUACUUGUUCGCAAACCCAUACGCCCUCGCCUAUGAGGGAGGAGCUGCCAACGUUGCGAUGGUCAUGGACUGGCGAGAACUAGUCGGCCGGGCUACUAUUCGCGAACCUCGAGGCCGCGGGUGGAGUGGGUUUAGUAGCAGUGGCGCAUGGAGUGGAGGGGUCAAGCUGGGUGGUGAUUCUGGGCAAGAAGAGGCAUGGGUUGAUCCGGUCAGGAGCUGGAUCAUAUCCCUAUGUUGGCUGGUCGCAUCCACAGUGGAUGUAUACUUUUUGUACAUCUUGGUCCGACGCCCAACGCACAUCCUCGACUUUGCCCUGACCCUUGUUCUGAACCAUACCAUACUCACGACCUACUAUGCUCGAUCACUCCCUACCUCGCUAUUCUUUUGGCUAAUCAUGGCGUUGGGCGCUGUCAUUUCCGUUGUUGGGGCUGAACAGCUGUGCGUCAAGAGAGAAAUGCGUGAAGGUAUCGAAAUGGCCGGAGAGGAGCAAGACGAUGAGGUAGAAAUGGAUCGAAGGGAUUAA